AAACAGCUUUCAUAUAAAGCUCUUUAUAUGUUAAGAAACAACAACAAGUCUACACACAUGACAAUAUACGACAAAUAAAAAUGAAUAGAAACAGUUUGCCGCCUCGUACCAUAAGUAGUCUAUUAAAACAUUGGUCCCGACGCUAUGCCACAGAACAAACACAAGCGACACACGCACAGACGCGACCCAAGAAAAGUCCUGUGUACGUUGGUCUUACACAACCGCCAGAAGCGGAAUCGGUGAGUUGCGAUUACAUUGGACCACCAGAUGCCAAGUCUAAUCUGCGUCCGUAUGUGCGACAUUAUGAUGAGAAUGAAACCGAGAUGGCCAAGAAAUUGCGACUGCUGCGCAUUGAAGUCGAAAAAUGGAACAUGGAUUUCUGGACGAAGCAUAACAAACGAUUCUAUGAGGAAAAAGAUGAUUUUAUUCGUCUACACAAAUUGAAUGGAUCCGAGGAGCUGACGGCCGAUCAAAUGAGUGUGUUUUACAAAACGUUUUUGGAUAAGAAUCGACGCAUCCAUCUGAUGUACAACAUUUCGUGGUAUUUGAAAAACUUCGAUAUGCUGACAUUAGCAUUUGCUGUGCAUGUGCAAAGCACCGUAAAUCGAUUCAGAAGAAAGCCAUAGAUGCAACUGUAGAGAAUCUAUAUGUUUAGAAUGGAUAUGUUUUUAACUGCAAACACAGACACGAUCAGGAUUUAGUGUACAUACUAUAUAUUAUGCAAAAUUUGUUCAAAUUUAGUUUAAAUUGUUGUUUAUCGAGCAAACAAAGAUGCCGCUGAUCUGAUGCUAAGGGAUGUAUGUAAUGUAAUAAACGCAAAUCAAUUGUAAAAAACAUAUUCGCUUGUAAGUUUUGAAAGUGUUGUUUACAUUUACUUAAAAGUUAAAGAUACA